AUGCUUCAAGUUUCAACAAUUGCCUUCGUUUUGUUUGCUAUUGUAUCAGCUAAUGCUUUUACAGCCGACCAAAUUAGAUUUCAACAAGAAACAUUAGUGCAUCAUAAUACACUACGAGCUCGUCAUUGUGCUGCAAAUCUUGCACUUGAUGAUAAUUUGAAUAAAAUAGCACAAAGCUAUGCUGAAAAACUUGUUAAUACAAAUUCAUUUGCACAUUCAAAUAAUGGCCAUGGAGAAAAUCUUUAUAUGAUGAGUAGUUCAGCUUCAUUAGCAAGUUUACAUGGAAAAGCAGCAACUCAAUCAUGGUAUGAUGAAAUUAAAGAUUAUAAUUAUAAUCAACCAGGUUUUUCAGCUAAAGUUGGUCAUUUUACACAAGUCAUUUGGAAAAAUUCUAAACAACUCGGUGUUGGUGUUGCCUUUUCUAAGGAUGGACGUAAAGCUGUUGUUGUUACUAAUUAUUCACCACCAGGAAAUUAUAUGAAUCAAUUUGAUCAGAAUGUACUUCGAGCUCAAUGCUAA